AUGGCCACACCAGCAAUAGGACCACUGGGCUUUUGCACUACUGCAUCCCUACUGCCUGCAUCCUUGUUGCAUCUCUGCUGCUUCUCUACUGCAUCCCUGCUAAUUCCUACUGCAUCCCUGCUGCUUCCCUACUGCAUCAUCCCUGUUGCUUCUCUUCUGCAUCCCUGUUGCUUCCCUGCCUGCAUCCCUACUGCAUCCAUCCCUGCCUGCAUCCCUACUGCAUCCAUCCCUGCCUGCAUCCCUUCUGCAUUCCUGUUGCAUCUCUACUGCUUCCCUGCCUGCAUCCCUACUGCAUCCAUCCCUGUAUCCCCGCCUGCAUCCCGCUCCCUCCAUCCCCUCCCGCUCCCGUUCCCACCCGCACAAUCCCCACUCCCGCAGCCCCAGCACAGCCCCCCCAUCCCUCUGGCCGCACUUUGGGUACCCGCACCCCCUCCAUCGCCCCGAGCCGCUCCCACCGCUCUCCGCCUCCGCGGGGCGGUGCGCGGGGUCGCCUUAUUAAAGGUGAACGGCGCGGGGGGACGUGGGGCGAUGGAGUACGCGGAGGCGGAUUAUUACUACGGGGAGGCGGAGGAGGAGGAGGAGGAGGGCAACGGGACGGCGUGCGCCUGGCAGGCGGACUGGGAGGCGUCCUUCUCGCUGCUGCCCGCGCUCUACGCGCUGGUCUUCGCGCUGGGGCUGGCGGGCAACGCGCUGGUUUUGCUGACGGUGUGGCGCGGCCCCCGAGCCAAGCGGCGCUCCGCCGACGCCUACAUCGGCAACCUGGCGUUGGCCGACCUGGCCUUCGUGGCCACGCUGCCGCUGUGGGCCGCCUACACGGCGCUGCGCUUCCACUGGCCCUUCGGCGCGGCGCUCUGCAAGCUCAGCAGCUACCUGGUGCUGCUCAACAUGUUCGCCUCCGCCUUCUGCCUGGGCGGGCUGAGCGCCGAGCGUUACCGCGCCGUGCUCCGCGCCGCCCCCCCGCCGCCCCGCGCCGCUUCCGCGCGUCUCCGCCGCCCCGCGGCUCUGGGCCCUCUGGCCGCGCUGUGGGCGGCGGCGGCGGCGGCCGCUCUGCCCGCCCUGCUGCUCCGCGAGGCGCGGAGGGACGCGCGGAACCGCACGCUGUGCGACCUGCGGUUGUGGGGGGAGGGCGGCGGCGCGGAGCGGGCGGCGGCGGCGCUCAGCCUCGGCACCACCGCGCUGGGCUUCGCCGCUCCGCUGCUGCUCAUGGCCGUGUGCUACUGCUGCGUGGGGAGCGCCGUCCGCCGCCACCUGCGGCCCCGCAGAGCCGAAGCGGCGGCGAGGAGGAGGCUGCUGCGGUUGAUCGCCGCGCUGGUCGGGGUGUUCGCCGGCUGCUGGCUGCCUUUCCAUCUGCUGAAGAGCCUCUUCGUGCUGGCGGCGGCCGGGCUGCUGGAGCUGCCGUGCGCUCUGCUCGGCCUCAUCUCCCGCCUGCAUCCCUACGCCACCUGCCUCGCCUACCUCAACAGCUGCCUCAACCCGCUGCUCUACGCCUUCCUCGACGGCCGCUUCCGCGCGCAGUGCCGAGCGCUGCUGGGGCUGCGCGGAGCCCGACCGCCCCCCGCCGCCUCCUCCACGCCGAGCGCUCCGACGCAGCGCUCCGAGCUGCCCUCCUCGGGGGGCACCAAGGUGUAG